AUGAAAAGACAUGGUUGGAAUGAAUGCACCACCUCAAAAUACAUAGGAGUUAGGAAACGCAAGUAUGGAAGAUGGGUGUCAGAAAUCCGUGAGCCUGGUAAAAAGACACGAAUUUGGUUGGGGAGUUUUGACACACCUGAGAUGGCAGCUGCGGCCUAUGAUGCUGCGGCAUUGCAACUUAGAGGUCCCGACACACGAUUCAACUUCCCGGGAUUGGUUGACAGGCUUCCCAAGCCAGCUAGCGCUAAUGCAGAUGACAUUCGCCAAGCUGCUCAGCAGGCGGCCAUGCAGUUAAGGAGUGGACAGCAGUCAGAAGAGGUCAAUAUUGGCUCCAAAGGUGGCAACUCCCUCGCCCGAGUGGAGUUGUCGCCUACCCAUAUUCAAGCCAUAAAUGAAUCACCACUUGACUCACCUAAAAUGUGGAUGGAGCUAGCAGGUCCAUCUAUGCUAGGAGAAGCAGCCAAUUACGGGGAAACUCACACAGAUGAAUACGAUGAAAUGGAAUCUUAUUCUAUUUGGGAUUGACACACACACACACACACACAAACCCCAAAAUGAAGAACAGACAUUAUACAUGGAAACAAGUAUAGCAAAUAACUAGAUAUGACUUUGAAUUCACUAUAGGGUAUUUCCCAUCCUAUUUCUAGCUAGGGAUGGUAUUUUAGCAUGAGAAAUCCCUCAUUUCAUGAAGAGGUAGGUAAUGGAUAAACCAGGGUUAUACAUGGGACAAUUCGUUUUCAAGCACACAUAUCUUAAGGCCCUUUCUAUGGCAAGUUUUUAUGCCAUAUUUGUAACAAUAGUUUCUUGUAUCCCUAUCAAUUCAGAGCCCAAUGAAACUAAUUUAUAUUCUUACAUUGCUAAAGAAUCUUUCACUCUUCUUUAGCACAAAUUCAGAUGGAAGAAAAUAUUACUAUUGCUUUCAAGCUAUUUUCAUUUUUAUUGGUGUUUGUUCAUUAAUUUGCUCAUAAUACAUCUGGGUUGAAGCAAGAAAUUUUGCACCCAAAUUGAAUUUGUAAUUUUUUCUCCCAGAACCUAGCAAAUAAGGUAGGUCAGUCACAUGUCUGUAAUUUACUAAAUCAUCAGGUCAUGUUCCUGGUUUGGGAGAAACGUCAAGUGGUCUACAUGUAUUUUACACCAUUUGCAUCUGCUAUGAACACAAAUUGGUAACCAUAUACUAGCAAUUUGUUUCACUCCACGAAUUCAGUCAAGCAGCAUUUUAUCAUUUAAUUCGCUCCAAACCAAAUCACAAACAGAAAAAAAGAACAUCAAUCAUCUGGAGAAGAGGGUAAAACAACCAAACAUAUUACAACGUCAGAAGAUAAUAGUGCAGUUUCUCCUCUGAAAUAUGAAUAUAAGACUUCUGAAUUAGAGGAGUGAGUUAGCCUUUUCACUCCAUAUUGCAGUGACAAGUAUAUCAUCAUUUUCGAGUUGGGGCAGGCAAAUAAAGAAAUUCCAGUAACGUUAUCAUACAACCUGAUCUAUCAAACUAACCU